AUUCCAAUCAGAAGUGAAAUCUGUUUAGAUAAAACUAAAGAUCUUGGAAAAAAUGAUUUAGCUACUUUGGAACAUGAAAGUUUUACAGACAAUCAUGAAGUUCAUGCACAAGAUAACGAAAAUCUUCUUAGAAAUGAAAGUUGUACAGUGGAAAUAUUAAGUGAUUGUGAAAAAAAUGUAAGUGACACAGAUGGUGAUCAUUUAAAUCAGGCAGGAAGAUAUGAAUAUACUGCUACAACUAGUACAGUAAAACUUGAAACUUGUGUUAAAGAUCUUGUAGCUGACAUUGUAAAUGGUGUGAAUCAAACAAUUCAAUUAGGUUGUGCAAAAGAUGAACUUUAUAGAAAAGUUCAAGACAAUAAUUUAAUGCAUAUGAAAGAUAAUUUGAACCCUGCAAAUGAAUAUUUAAAUUUUGUUACAGAUCAUUCUUACCAUAAAGAGGAGUUUAGAAAAGAAAGCUCGAUUUCCAAAGAAAGUAUGGAGAAAAGUUGUAACAAGGGAUAUUCAUGUGCUCAUUGCUCAAAAAUCUUUAUUUCUGCUAAAUUUCUUCUUCGUCAUCUAAAAACACAUAUGGGAAGUAGUAUCUGUUCUUGUGAAUACUGUACAGUUAGGCAUUCACAAAGAGUAUGGUACAGAGAAUCUCAAAAACCUGACAGAAAAUGCAAGAACAAAAUUAAUUUUAAGAACAAAAGUAACAAAAUUGUGCUAAUGCAUCGUAGUCCAAUCAAUAACUUAAUUCAUUGUACACAAGCAUCCAGUUCAGGAUUACAAAGCAGCUUAUGUCAUGUUAUUGUCAAUAAUCCAAAUCCUAAAAUGAGUGAUCAAAGCUAUAUGAAAAAUUCAGUUUAUGCAGAAGGUCGUGUAAAUGAAAUGGAAGAUACUUCCAUUGAUACUGAAGCUCACAAAACUUGUAUAGAUGAAAGAAAAGAUAUCGAGGAUUUUGCUACUUUAGAUAAACAAAAAAAUCAUACCCAAGAUGAUGAAAAUCUUUUUAUUGGAUGCUCACAUAAAGAGUGUCAAAAUCUUGCCGAAAAAUCAAGUUUUGGAAGGCAUGCAUCAAACAAAAUUGAUGUUUUUAAAUGCAUUAGGAAAAACAUUGUUUAUUACAAGACUAAGACGCAAAAUUCAAAAAACUGCAAAGAUGACGUUAAGGUACUUAUAAAAAACAAGAAAAAUAAAGUUUUAACACAGAGUACACCAAAAAAGAGCUGCACAGUCCGAACAUCUGACUCAGAACUAGGCCAAGAGUUAGGAAGUCCUGCAAGACAAGAAGAAACAACACAUAAUUCAAAACUCCAAAAGAAAAAUUUGAACGGAAAAACCCAAGAUAGCAUUUUAAAACAAAAACCACCUCGAAAACGUCUCAAAAAGCAAGGUGACCUGGCAUGCAAAAAAGAACACUCUGCAAAUCCAAAGUCAUCGAAAAGAAAAAUAUACGAAUGCAAAGAUUGUGAUAAGACUUUUAAGUACGAGCGAUCUUGGAACUAUCAUUUAGAAAGCUGGCAUAAAAGAAAGUUCUUCUGUAGAUAUUGCUUCAAAUAUAUUUUAGGUAUGAUUGAUUACAAGAAACAUCUUCAAACUCAUAAAAAAGAAAAACGAUUUACAUGUCACUACUGCAAUAAAUCUCUUAGACAUAAGAGUGGCCUGUAUGACCAUUUAAAAAUACAUUUGGGGCAGAAACCUUAUGCUUGUCAAUACUGUGAAAAAGCCUUCAGACAAUCAACCAAUUUAAGGAGCCAUAUGAAACUACAUACUGGAGAGAACAAAUAUACUUGUAAUUAUUGUAAAAAAGCAUUUGUCCAUAAGCGUGGUCUUACAAAUCAUAUCAGAUGGCACACAGGUGAAAAACCUUUUGUAUGCCCCGAUUGUAACAAGGCUUUUUCCAGAGAGGACAAUUAUAAAACACAUUUAAAGAUUCACAUGGUUGACAAACCAUUUGCUUGCCAUGUUUGCAAAAGACGUUAUACCACGAAGGAAGGCCGGGACUCGCAUUUACAUUUUCACAAGAGCAGGCGCUCAGAACCAGUGUUUUGUCCUUUAUGUUCAAAACAGUUUUCCAUUCCUUCCAAACUAAAAAGACAUAUGAAAGUGCAUGAAGGUAAGAAUUUUUAUUCUUGUAGCAGCUGUGAUGUGAAGUUCUUAAAUUUACAGGACCUUGCAGAUCACGAAGAAGGACACUGUAAGAAGGAUCCUUAUGUAAUCACAGUUCAUAGACUACCACUAGAACAUGUACCAGAAGGCAUACAAUUAAUACAGCCUCAUGAAAUACAAGAACAUUUCUCAGAUAGUGCUUUGAAAUUGUUUAUCCAGCAAUCACAAGUUCCUAUCACUGAUAUUUACAUUCAAAGUUCUUGAUUGAUAUUGUUCAAAAUUUGGUUUAAAACAGUGAAGCCAAUGGAAUUUUGUAUUAUUUUUAUAGGCAAUAAAAGCAUCUAUUUAAAUUU